GUUUUGAGGAUGUCUCUUCCUAAACGGGAGGUGGAGGAGUUGAGGCCAUGGGUGGAGCGCACUGUGAAGAAGGUGCUGGGCUUCUCGGAGCCCACUGUGGUGACUGCGGCUCUGCACUGUGUUGGAAAGGGACUGGAUAAAAGGAAAACCACAGACCAACUGCGUCCGUUCCUUGACGACUCAGCUGGUGGUUUUGUGGAGCGCCUUUUUGAAGCUCUGGAGGAAAGCCGCAGUGCCCGUGGCAACAAAGGAGCAGGGGAAAAGAACCGCAAGAGAGACCUUAGGGAUGUGUUUGGUGAUGAGGCUGAAACGGGGGCAAUGAGAGAAACAUCAGAGUCAGCAGAUGGGACAGUUGCAAAGCGAAAGCGGGUUCCUCGUUUCGAGGAGGUGGAAGAGCCAGAGGUCAUACCUGGACCUCCAUCUGAGAGCCCUGGCAUGCUCACCAAAAUGCAGAUAAAACAGAUGAUGGAGGCAGCCACAAAGCAGAUAGAAGAAAGGAAGAAACAACUGAGCUUUUCCUCUCCAGUCCCCACUGCACAGACACAAAUGGAAUCCCCUCCAGUCUCCCGGCUUCUCGGCCAGGCUGCUGCAGCUUCAGGCGGUGCCUCAUCAAUCGGCCCUUCCCAGGCUGCCAGCUUCAUGAACGAUGCUAUCGAGAAGGCCCGCAAGGCUGCUGAGCUGCAGGCCCGCAUCCAGUCCCAGUUAGCCAUGAAACCUGGUAUACUGGGUGCCAUGGGGAACACUGGGCCUCACAAUCUUGUAGCUCUAGCUAAUCUACAUGCUAUGGGAAUCGCCCCACCAAAGGUAGAAAUCAAGGAGGUGAACAAGCCAACACCUCUUAUUCUGGACGACCACGGAAGAACUGUUGAUGCCAGUGGCAAAGAGGUUGAACUAACACAUCGCAUGCCCACACUGAAAGCGAACAUCAGGGCAGUAAAGAGGGAGCAGUUCCGUCAGCAGCUAAAGGAGAAGCCUGGAGACGACUUGGAGUCCACAUCCUACUUUGACCAGCGUGUGACCAUUACACCAGCUCAGCGCACUCGCAGGGGCUUCAAGUUCCACGACCAGGGGCGCUUUGAGAAGAUUGCUCAGAGAAUAAGAACUAAGGCCCAGUUGGAAAGGUUGCAGUGUGAGAUUGCCCAGGCAGCAAAGAAGACGGGAAUUCAAGCAUCUACCAAGCUGGCACUGAUUGCCCCCAAGAAAGAGAUUGGAGAAUGGGAGGUCCCUAACAUUGAGUGGUGGGAUUCCUUCAUCCUACCCUCCAACGUGGACAUAACACCUGCCACAAAGUUUGAAGACUUGGAGCUCUUUGGUGUGACCAAUCUGGUAGAACAUCCUGCGCAAAUUAGCCCCCCAGUCGACACAGAUAAGCCGGUAACGCUUGGUGUUUACCUGACAAAGAAAGAACAGAAGAAACUGAGAAGACAGACGAGAAGAGAGGGGCAAAAAGAAGUCCAAGAGAAGGUUCGUCUGGGACUGAUGCCGCCGCCAGAACCCAAAGUACGCAUCUCAAACUUGAUGAGAGUGCUGGGGACAGAGGCGGUUCAGGACCCCACAAAGGUAGAGGCCCACGUCAGAGCGCAGAUGGCCAAGAGGCAAAAGGCUCAUGAGGAGGCAAAUGCAGCUCGCAAGCUCACAGCGGAGCAGAGGAAAGAGAAGAAAGUUAAAAAGUUAAAAGAAGACCUCACAGAUGGUGUUCAUAUUGCAGUUUACAGGAUCCGUAACCUGCAAAAUCCUGCUAAGAAGUUUAAAGUGGAGGCCAAUGCCAACCAGCUGUACCUGACCGGCACAGUCGUUCUGCACAGAGAUGUUAACCUUGUUGUGGUGGAGGGAGGCCCUAAAUCUCAGAAAAAAUUCAAGAAGCUGAUGAUGCACAGAAUCAAAUGGGUGGAACACAACAGUAAAAGAGAUGAUCCAGAUGGUGAUGAUGAUACAAAAAGGAACAACAAGUGCUGGUUGAUUUGGGAGGGCACGGCUAAAGAGCGUAGUUUUGGUGAUAUGAAGUUCAAGCAGUGCCCAACGGAGAGCAUGGCCAGAGAACACUUCAAAAAACACGGCACAGAACACUACUGGGAUCUAGCGCUCAGCCAAAGUGUGUUGGACUGCACAGAUGACUGAAACGUGCUAGAAAAGAAGUCGGCACACCUUUUACAAAACCCCAAGACCCACAGCCUCACCAGCCAGUCAGCCCUCACUGACCGGCUGCUUUCAACUGGUGGCAGACAGACUUCAUCAAGGGACGUGAUGAAAAAGGACAAACAAUAAACCUAUGUGGACGUUUUGUGGAAGAAUAUGUAACACAUGAGGGUGUAUAUGUGUAUGUAUGCCUGCAUCAGUGCUCAUCCCUUUGGUGAUAGGCUAUUCUAACAGAUGUUGUAUGCCAUUGAAUACUCCUGACAGAUUGCACUGUGCGAUUUAAAUCACGUACUUAAGGCUUUGUGUGGUUGCGAGAAUUAGUGUCAUAAUAUGCUAUCAUUUUUCUGAUGAAAACCCCCAUGUACACACUGAUAAUCCAUGUUUGAGUCACAUCAGCGAAUGACUGCACUGGGAUUGAGCUAACACAUUUAUAGUUAAACCUGGAAGCAUUCCCAGGUUAUGUUACAAAUUAAAAAUAAAACGUACCCUCAAAUCUUUUUUUUUUUUGCAUUGGAGAAACAAAGCUCUUACUUGACACAUGUAGCUACCGUAUGUUUUGUUCCUUACUCCACAGACGCAGCCUUAAAUAAACAACAAACUUCUUA